UAACUGCGUAAAAAGAAAGCACUUUCAAGUUAUGUGUUGUAUUAAAAAGGGAAAAAGGAAAACAAUAGGCAAACGACUUUUGCAAUCUUAUGUUUAAAGAUGAUAGCAAAAUUCAUAUAUCUGCUGGUUAUUUUAAAGGAAGGUCAAUGUGCAGGUUGGUUCAAUUUUACUUACGAGUCAAUUCCAAACAAUUUCCUUUUUUGUGAUCAAUGUUGCCAAUCUGGAGAGUGUUCUUUUCAUAAAGUUUAUUACGAAAAAGAUACGCUCAUUCGUUGCUGCGUGUCCAACUGGUCUGUGAUGAAGAUCAAAACUUUAUGGGAUUUGGAACCCGAGUUGGUAGAAAAAUUACAUAUAGAAUAUACGUCUAUUUUCGGAACAGCCGACGUACUUGUUGAAACAGAAGGGAUGUUUUAUCAAGUAAUUCAUCAAGAUGGAUACCUCUCAUUUAUUCCUGACAAUAUUUGUAGUUUUCCGGAUAUUGUCGAAAUAGAUUUUUCUAAUAAUUAUAUAAACUCAAUAAUGGGUAUUCAUUGUUUAUCAAAACUUGAUACCUUAAUAUUGAAAGGAAACAAAAUGAAAAGAAUAACAAAAGAUAUGUUUAAAAUCUUAACAUUUUUGCGGCAUCUUGAUCUAUCAAAUAACCAAAUCAACCAUCUCGAUAUAGGAUCACUUGCUCAUCCCCCAAAUAGCAGUCUGUUAUAUAUUGAUGUCAGUUUUAAUGAUUUAAAAGUUAUAGAUGUUUCAAACCUUAUAUCAGGCAGUUUUUAUAAUAGAAUUGAUCUAUCUUACAACAAACUUUCAACAAUAACAAAUGAAAAAGGUUGGAAAGGAUUUAAUAUCGGCGAUAGUACCGGUGGUGGAAGCAUUGAUAUUUCGAAUAACGAAUUCACUCAUUUUCCCAAUCUAUCAAUGAUUGGCUUUGCAAGUGAAUAUACGGUAACACGAUUUGCGUUUACGUAUAAACUGAUUUUCGGUAACAAUAAUUGGACUUGUGAUUGUAAUCUUUGGAACGAUUAUUUAACUUUUUUCCUUAAAGCAUUUGACUACCAUCCUGGUGCAAUAAGUUUUUACAGUAUUCCAUGUUCAAAUCCGCCGGAAUUACGGAAGUAUGUUGUAACCGACUUUCAGAAGAAUGAAACAAACGAGCUUCAGCACCUUUUAAUAUGCAAUAUAACCUGUGCUCAUAAGUGUACUUGUUUUCAUCAACCAUCAAAGAACAGAACUGUCAUCAAUUGCUCGGGUCUAGCACUAAAAGUAAUGCCAAAUCAUAUGCCAUAUUUCAAUAAUUUAGAAAUCGAUUUAAGUAUGAAUAAUCUUUCUAAGCUAGACGGAAAAGAUUAUUUAUAUCGAGCAACAAAACUAAAUAUUUCAAAUAACCAUAUAACAACGAUAUCGCCGAUUGUAUAUAAAAUACCCAAUCUAAAUUUGAUUGAUUUUCGCGGAAACAGUUUUGAUACACUAAGUAAUGAUGUUCGCCUAAAAUCUCCGUGUUCACUUUUAUUCGGUCAUUUAAUCAUGAAAUGUACUUGUGAACUACAAUGGCUGCCUAUUUGGCUUGAACAACAAAAGCUACCAAAUUGUAUGGUCAAUAGAAUUGAAUGCAUCAGCAGUGGAAAAAAUGCAAGCAGUAUGUCACCUAGUGAGUUUUGCAUCAAAGACAAUACAACAAAACGAAUUAUUAUAAGCAUUAUUUUGACAUCUGUGUUGGUAAUACUGAUGAUAAUAACACUUGUUUGUCGUCAUUAUCGAUAUGAAAUUUAUCUGCUUUGGAGGUCAAAUAAAUUCAAGAAUUUAAAAAGCAGAGUACACAGUCUACCAGAAUAUGAUGUUUACAUCUGUUUUGAUGAAGACAAUGAAAUGGCGAGAAGAUGGAUAGUUGGAGUUUUGCUUCGAUUCUUGGAAGGAAAACGCUACAAAGUACUUUUACCAUGUCGAGACUUUUCGUUUGGUGGUGUACGUGAGGAGGAAAUGAGAUCGUCUAUUUGGAAAUGUUCGUCUUGGAUAAUUUUGCAAAGUGAGAAUUAUUUUCAUUCCACGUAUGGUGAAAAUGAAUGGAAAAUUAUAUGGAAUACUUACAAAAUAAAUUUGGAAACAAAAAUCAUCAUCAUAAACUACGAUGUUAUUGAAAGUGACUGCAUUAGUGUCAGAAAUUUCAGAGCAUUUAUUAAACUUGGAUAUGCAUUGGAUUUUUGCAACAUUGACAAAAACUUAUUAAACGAAGUAAGGAAACGGUUAGGUCCACCAGCAAAUCGUUUCACUACAGAAUUACAAAGUUCGAAACUUUGAUACAAGCAUGUUACAUAAUGUGAUAUAUUUGUAUAAAUAAAUUUGGUGUUUUUCUGUCUUCUGAUUGGUUAAAAUUAUUAGUUUUAUUUUCAAUGUUAUCAAUUUUGAUUGCGACACGCCCACUCUGACGUUGUGUAUUCAUACGCCAACAUGUGUGUACGUUGUUAUUGUAAAUA